UUCGCUUGCUUAGAAGAAAGCGGUUUCUCUCCCUCAUUCCCUUUUUCCAUAAUUAAACUGAAGACUCUUUCUCUCCUCCUUAUUCUUCAUCAAUAUCCAUAGACGUACGUUCUCUCUCUCUCUCCAUCCAGAUCUUCUCAAAUCAGUGAUAUGCAGCCUUGUAGCAGAGAGAUGCAGGCUAUUAACUCAUUCUUAAACCAAUCGGCCGAGAUAUCGACCUUGCAAGAACAGCAGAUCGGAAACGGUUCAAUGAACUCUAAUUUCGAAUCGAUUCAAUCUCACGACGAUUUCCUUGAGCAAGUGUUAUCUUCAAUGACUACUUCUUCGUGUUCGUGGUCAGAUGUUAUUGGAAAUGCUAACCCUAAGUUACCGUGGGAGUUGUCUUCGUCCAUUGAUUCUCAGAAAUCACGAGACCUAGCUACAGACGAAUCGAAUCGUUUGCAAUUUGAGGAUCAGUCGGUUCUCCUCGCGUCGAAGCUCCGGCAGAAUCAGAUCAGCGCUGGAGGUCCGAGUUCCGGUUCUAAGUCGUUGCUUCUCCAGCAGCAGUUACUGAUGCAGUCUAGAGGUGCGGUUAGAUCUUCUUCCGGUGGCGACACCACCGGACUUAUCCCCUUUCCUCUUAAUUUGGCUGGAAAUGAAAACCUAACUAACAAUCAUGGAGAUAUUUCGGUUCAAUCUAUGUAUAAUGGAUUUCCUGCCUCUCUAUUCGGUUCUCGUCAAACAUCAAACCAGUUUCAUCAACCUCAGUUUCCACAGCCGAGGAACUUCGGAGCAGCGGCGGCUCAGGCGCCGGCGACUCCUAUGAUGAACGCCGCAACACCGUCAAAUAGCUCUGCGGGAGGAGGAAUACCUGGACAGCCUAGACAAAGAGUUAGGGCUAGGAGAGGACAGGCAACAGAUCCUCAUAGUAUCGCAGAAAGAUUACGCAGAGAGAGAAUUGCAGAGAGGAUGAAGGCGUUGCAGGAACUUGUACCCAAUGGCAAUAAGUCGGAUAAAGCAUCAAUGCUAGAUGAGAUCAUCGACUAUGUGAAAUUCCUCCAGCUCCAAGUCAAAGUUCUUAGCAUGAGCCGCCUUGGUGGUGCCGCUGCUAUUGCUCCCCUUGUUGCCGAUAUCUCCUCCUCCGAUCUGGGAAUUAAGGGUGGUAAAAGUAGUAACGGCGGGCAAGUAACGGCGUCGUGUAAUACAAAGGACGACGACGACGAAAGUAGCAUGUCGGUGACGGAGAAACAGGUGGCGAAGCUAAUGGAAGAAGAUAUGGGGUCCGCCAUGCAAUACCUAUUGGGAAAAGGACUAUGUCUAAUGCCCAUCUCAUUAGCCACGGCAAUCUCCUCCGCCACGUGUCACCCUAGGAAUCCCCAAUCCAACGGUGGUGGUGGUGGUCCACUUUCUCCAAACAUCUCCGUGUUGACCAACCAAUCCAACGUCGUCUCCAAUUCUCAUCUCUAAUCUAUAUCUAAGUUAGACCGUCCCGUCUCGUUUGUUUCGUUUGGCACCUAGCUCUAUAAUAAUAAUAAGGACAUAGAUUAUAUAUGCAUGGUCAAGUCUACCAAAAUAAGGUGUCGAAACUGUUUCAUACGACGCCGUAUUUAAGUAGACUUGGGUUCGGUUCAUUUCAUUUUAUUUCUACUUAUUAUUAUUAUUAUUAUCAUUCCAAGAAAUUGCUGUCAAAAAUACUUUCUUAUAUACCGUGUUUUUUUUUAUAUUAAUUUGGUUAUGAUCUUUAAUUAGAGUGGGGUCUGACUUUUAUUUAAUUUAUUAUUAUUAGAGGAUGCUAGAAUGAUGAUUAUGUUUUGAUUA